AUGGAAUUUAAGAAAGAAUAACCUAAAGCAACAUCAAAAAGAUUUAAAAAGAUAACUUAAAAACUUGGAAUCUAAUCUCUAAAUAAAGAAGAAAGAUUUGAUGAAGGAAUGAAAGACUUUUAAAAUUUAGAUACAUUUUUCACAGUCACUGAUUUACUGAAAGACAUGAAUAAAGAAUAACCAACACCAGAGAGAUAGGCAUUAUUUGAAAGUUAAUAAACCUUAAUUAAAACAAAACUAAAACUUAAAAAAUGGAAAUCAGAAUACCCAGAAUAUUUAAAGUUUGAAGAGAAACCUCCUUAAAUAUUAUAUAAAAAUAAGAUCGCUCUAUUAUAAAAAGCACAUACUCAUUUAAAUCUUGAAAAAUAUGAACCUAAACUCUAUAAAGAAGUUGAAAAUUUAUCAUCAUUAUUAAAAGAUAAAUUUAAAAAUGUUGAUUUGAAGGAAUAUCCAUAACUUUAAUUAUUUUAAGAAAUAAGUCAAUUUGAAGAAUUAAGAGUAAAAACAGAAUUUAAUGAAACUCUCAGAGAUAGUUAUCUUAAAGAUAGACUUUCAUUAAAAUUAGAAUAACCUGAAUAAAAACCAAUUGUUUCAUAUGAUACAUACUAUAAGAAUUAUCAUAAUUAAGCUGAAUAAUUAAGAAAUCGUCUUAGAUAAUAAUAAAUGAAUUUCUUUAAUUAAAAAUGGGGGAAUUCUGUUGUAAAAAUGAAAAUGAAAGAAGCAUAAGAUAAAAGAGGAUUGUUAGAGAAAGCAAAAUAAAUAAGAAGACCAGCAGUCACUAAAAAAGUAGUAUUACCUUAUCUUGCUCCUGUUAUUAAAAAUAUUAUAACUGAUAUAUGUUUGGAAGAAGCUGAUAUGAUGGAAUAGAAAAGAGAUUUUAAAAAAGAUAUUAAGGAAUUAGCAAAGAUUGGUUCUGAUUUUUAUGAUCCUAAACCUGAACCAUAAAUUAUGGGAUUAAGAAUUGUAAAUUCUUGA